AUGGCUGCAUUGACUCCAUACACCUAUAUUCAAUGUCCCUGCUCCGACCCUGCCAACCUCUCCCGCCACAGCCACAGCGAUCCGACCACCCCGAGCGCCACCGAGGAGCUCGACGCCUUCGAGCGGCCCUUCGACCCGCGAGCCCCUCGCGCGGCCUACAGCCUUUACCCCCUCGAGUACCUGCUCUACUGCGAGGACUGCCACCAGAUCCGCUGCCCCAGGUGUAUUGCCGAGGAAAUUGUUACAUAUUACUGCCCCAACUGUCUGUUCGAGGUGCCAGGGAGCAACAUCAAGAGCGAUGGCAACAGGUGCACCCGCAGUUGCUUCCAAUGCCCCGUCUGUGUAGGGCCUCUAUCUGCCACCGCGGUCGACCCCCCACCCCCCUCCGACUCCGAGAGCAAAGAGGCAUACUCCUCCGCUCUCCCGUCCUACAUCCUCACCUGCUCCUACUGCCAGUGGACCUCCAGUGAGAUCGGCAUCAAGUUCGACAAGCCAAACGGCAUCUACGCGCAGCUUCAGAAAAUACGCAACGGCGGCAAGACACGGCUGACCCCAAAGGAGCGCAAGGACAGGCGCAAGGAGGCCGUCACAGCCAGCAGCGGCGUGAGCUCGACGGCGCUGGGGUCAUCUGCUCUGCCACCAAUAGGGGAGGAGGCACCGGCGGCGAGACAGCAGGCUCCAGCUGGAGCAGCCGAGGACCUCGACGUCGAGACCCAGUUCGCAAACCUGAGGGCCUUCUACCAGUCGCAACUCGCAGAUGCUUCUGACAAAGGCGGCCUGUCGUCCCUCGGGGAGCUGGGGAUUGGCUCGCCGGGUUCCCUAUCACGCAUAAUGAGCUUGUACACGGGAACAGGGCUGCUGGGCGACAAGAAAGCCAAGUCGCGGUCCAACGUGAUGCGAGAGUCACUGGAGCCAGACGAAGGGCUGCAAGUCGCGGAUCUAGAUGAGACAAAGGCCAUCGAGCGCCUGCACAAGUCCGCCUGGGACGAGACCGCAUCACACAACCAGACGACCUCCCAGCCGCCCGUCAACGUGUGCGAGCCGAGCCUGCACGGCCGCUCGCGGUUCGUCGACGAGCUGCGACCGGUCGCCUACCUUCUGCGCACGAAGCGCUCCAAGCGGUGCCCCGUCUGCCGUCACAUCGUGUCCAAGCCCGAGGCCAAGGUGACCAACACACGGUUCCGCAUCCGCCUCGUGGCGGGGAGCUACAUCCCCAGCAUCUCGAUGCGGCCGCUGCAGGCGACGUCGCUGUCGCAGAGCAUCUUGGGCAACCCGUUCGCGGGCACGUCGACCUCUGCGCCCGCGGGCCCUCCCGCGCUUCUCGCGCCCCUCCGGCCCGUGCAGUACCUGCUCACCUUCAAGAACCCCAUCUUCGAGCCCGUCCGCGUCACGCUGGCCACGCCGUCCGUCACGCCGGGCCGAUUCGCCAGCAAGGUCACCGUGCUGUGCCCGGAGUUCGAGAUCGACGCCAACACGGACGUCUGGGACGAGGCCCUGAAAGACAGGCGGUCGCUGCUCCAGCAGCAGAUGCAGCAGCAGCAGCAGCGCGAGGACACGCCCGGCGGGGGCACGGGCCAGCCGUCCGUGGAGCCGGGCAAGGUGUGGGAGCGCGGCCGCAACUGGGUCACCAUCGUGGUGGAGGUUGUCCCCGCGAGCCUGGAGCGCGCGAGGACAAACGCCAGCCUCGUGCGCACCGGCAGCGGCGGCUGGGGGCUGGGCACCAAGCGCGAGCUGGACAUGGGCCCGCUGCGUCCCGACGAGGACGUGCUGGAGAUACCGAUGUUUGUGCGUCUCGAGUGGGAGACGGACGCGGCAGGCGAUGAGGGCCGGGCCGGGGACAGCAAGGGCGACGGGAGGGAGAAGAGGGAGCUUGCGUAUUGGUGUGUGAUGGGGCUUGGGAGGAUCAGCCAGGAUUGA